ACGAUCCAAAGCUUGUUCUAGAGCUUGCUGCAUUGUGUAAGCUGCAUAAGAUACAGAUCCAAAAAGAAGAUAAAACUCAGAUGUGUUGCAGAAGUGGGGUGGAAAUCAUGUCUUUCUUACAUACUGUGGCGGAGCCCAAGGGACCAGCUAUUACUAAAGCGCAGGCGGAGCGGGCCGAGAAGUGCCGAGGGGCGUUCACGCAGGACGGCCGCCGCGGUGCCCGCCCAAGCCGGGGACUCUCCGAGUGCAGAUCCACCUCCGCUCCGUCACCUCCGAUCCCGGCCGCUCCCGGACACCUGACUUACACCCCCAGCCCGGGCGACCCGCCCACCGAAGCCGCCCGCCGCGGCCCCCAGCCUCAGACUCCGCCACAGGCCUGUUGCAACGCCCACCCAAACCUCCAACCGCCACUUCCGGCGGCCGCGCUUCCGAUUGGCGAGUUGAGAGUGGAGGGGGCGGGGCUUGAGGCGGGGCAAGGCUCGACACAACACGCACCUGCACCUCCCACAGCGAGUUCCGGCGGCCGCUCUUCUGAUUGGCGGACUGAGCGGGGUGGGCGGAGUUGGAGGCGGGGCGGUGGCCGGAAGUUUUGGAAGGGGCUGGGAGCGCCGCGGAGAGCCGCGGGCUUUCACUGA